UUCAGGAGAUCUGUUGGUGUAUACAAUAUACCGCGCUGGGCACCACGAGUCAAUUCCACUAUUGUCACUAUUACAGGAGUACAAUAUUAAUUCUGUCUUAGAACUCCGAAAUCGUACGGAAGGAGAGAGAAGCGUCGCCGUUAACUCUAGCGAAGUGCAAUAUAUCACCAUUGCGACUAAUGACGAGGGCCAGAAUCGAGAUACUGCCUCAUGGAUUUCAGAUGAAGGGCAGAAAGUCUUUGCCAGGGUCUUCCGUGAACUGAUGGGAGCUCCGCUGCCGAUGCUGAUUCACUGCGCUACAGAUGACGAUCGGACCGGGUUGGUGGUGGCAGCAAUACAACUUUUGUGUGGAGUGUGUCGAUCCGCUAUCAUUGCGGACUACGUGCGCUCUGACGAAAAUCACGUACCAUCGGUUAAAAAGGCCCCGCCUAUAGAUGACAUUGAGAUAUUCUUGAAAGCUAUUGAUGCCCAAGGUGUCAUUGGGUUCUGGAAUUCGUGCGGUCUGUCAACGUAUGAAAUCAAUUCCUUGUACCUACGCCUCUGUGCUGGCAGUGGCGACACUUCACCGACGGAGCUCGCGAACCAUGCUGAUUUAAACGAGGACUGUUUCGAAGCACAAGCCGAGAAUGUCCCUUAUUCUCAACCCGCUAUGUCUGCGGACGCAACCAGUACUCCAUGUCAAAGGAGAGCAUUCUUACCCCUGGCGCUAAGCCCGAGGGGUUCACGGUCGAGCAGUCAAAAAGUCAUAGACGGUCCUCUGGUUGUGAAGAAACUAAAAAUGGACACAGAGGUUGAGGCCAGCGGAUACAGACAGCCAUAUAUCGGGCCGUCGAAUGCAGAUGAAUAAAAAAAAUUACGCACA